GCGGCGGCGGCGGCGGGGGGCUCGGGGCCGGCCGGCGGCGGCGCGGCGGCGGCCGUGUCCGUCUUCCCCGGCGCCCGGCUGCUCACCAUCGGGGACGCCAACGGCGAGAUCCAGAGGCACGCGGAGCAGCAGGCGCUGCGCCUCGAGGUCCGCACCGGCCAGGACGCCGCCUGCAUCGCCCUCUACAGCCAUGAAGAAGUGUGUGUAUUUAAGUGCUCCGUAUCCAGAGAGACCGAAUGCAGCCGAGUUGGGAAACAAUCCUUUAUCAUCACCCUGGGGUGUAAUAGUGUCCUUAUACAGUUUGCAACGCCGAAUGAUUUCUGUUCCUUUUAUAAUAUCCUGAAAAAUUGUCGAGGUCACAACCUAGAACGGUCUGUCUUCAGCGAGCGUACGGAGGAAUCCUCUGCUGUGCAGUACUUCCAGUUUUAUGGCUACCUGUCACAGCAACAGAACAUGAUGCAAGAUUACGUUCGGACGGGGACUUACCAACGGGCGAUCUUACAGAACCACAGUGAUUUCAAAGACAAGAUCGUACUAGACGUUGGCUGCGGCUCUGGUAUCCUGUCGUUUUUUGCGGCUCAGGCUGGAGCUAGGAAAAUCUAUGCAGUGGAGGCAAGCACCAUGGCUCAACACGCAGAGGUUUUAGUAAAGAGUAACAAUCUUACAGACCGAAUUGUGGUCAUUCCUGGAAAGGUGGAAGAGAUCUCACUUCCUGAACAGGUGGACAUAAUCAUCUCUGAGCCAAUGGGGUACAUGCUUUUCAAUGAACGCAUGUUGGAGAGUUAUCUGCAUGCCAAGAAAUACCUGAAGCCCAGUGGCAAUAUGUUUCCAACCAUCGGGGAUGUUCACCUUGCUCCAUUCACAGAUGAGCAGCUCUACAUGGAACAAUUCACUAAGGCAAAUUUCUGGUAUCAGCCAUCCUUUCACGGAGUUGACUUGUCAGCACUUAGAGGGGCGGCUGUAGAUGAGUAUUUUAGACAACCUGUCGUGGAUACCUUCGAUAUCAGGAUUUUAAUGGCCAAGUCGGUUAAAUAUACAGUGAACUUUUUAGACGCCAAAGAAGGCGAUUUACACAGGAUAGAAAUUCCAUUCAAGUUCCACAUGCUGCAUUCAGGCCUAGUCCACGGCUUGGCUUUCUGGUUUGAUGUAGCCUUCAUUGGUUCAAUAAUGACCGUGUGGCUGUCGACGGCACCCACAGAGCCCCUGACUCACUGGUACCAAGUGCGAUGCUUGUUUCAGUCACCGCUCUUUGCGAAGGCCGGGGAUACACUCUCAGGGACGUGUCUGCUCAUUGCCAACAAGAGACAGAGUUACGACAUCAGUAUUGUGGCCCAAGUGGAUCAGACGGGUUCCAAGUCCAGUAAUCUCCUGGACCUGAAAAAUCCCUUUUUUAGAUACACAGGUACGACUCCUUCGCCUCCACCCGGCUCCCACUACACAUCUCCCUCGGAGAACAUGUGGAAUACGGGUGGCGCCUACAGCAUGAGCACCGGGAUGGCCGUGGCCGGGAUGCCAACAGCCUAUGACCUCAGCAGUGUUAUCGCUGGUGGAUCCAGUGUCAGCCACAACAACCUUAUUCCUUUAGCCAACACUGGGAUUGUCAAUCACACCCACUCCAGGAUGGGAUCCAUUAUGAGCACAGGGAUUGUCCAAGGCUCAUCUAGUGGCCAGAGUGGAGGCGGCUCCAGCACUCACUACCCAGUCAACAGCCAGUUCACCAUGGGGGGUCCCGCCAUCUCCAUGGCCUCGCCCAUGUCCAUCACCACCAACACAAUGCAUUACGGGAGCUAAGAGUCCGUCACCUCUAAUCUGAACUGACAGCGCCAGGAAACCAAAUGAAGACUUCCCUCCCCCCUUCUCCACACCUCAAUGAGAAAACUGUCUGAACUCCCCCUCGGCUGCCUCCCUGCCCGCAGGCGGCCAAGAGGGAGAUUUUUACCGAUGUACAAUAGCCAAGGAAAGCAUCGAGUCAACCAUUCUCUUUGAUAUUGGACUUGUACGAUUUUUUUAUGAAAUGGAGUUUCAGCAUCUCAGCCCCCUCCGGGUCCCCCAGCUGAGCUGUAUUUUACAAGAGGGCUCAUCAGAUCAGUUUGGAGUCCUCAGUUUGGAAUCUUCCAUAACAGAUUAAUGGGUUGGUGGGGGGGGGUGGGGGGGGCUGGCGAACGGACCCGCAGGUGGCAGCGGGCAGGCGUAGAGUAGCAGAGUAUUCAACACGCGAUUGAAUCGGAGCGACCAGCGUUGCUUUGACGGGAAGUCUCCACUGACCUAGCAGAGGCCACUCUGUAGCAAACCGGGAACUCCGCACCGAAAGGGUGGAGUGGGGAGCCAGAUCUGGCAGAGAGCUGGUGACUUGGAGGACUCUUAGUUGACUUUUCGUUCCUUUGGUCAGGAUCAGUGUGACGUGCUGCGUUUUUUUUUUUUCCUCUCUCUCUCUCGUUAACGAACAUAAUCAGUGUCAAUUCAUAGGCUCCAGCGGGCUCAGGACAGCCCCCAAGCCACCUCUGUCUCUCCCUCUCUGCAAGUAAGUGGACAGGAGUCGGUGUGGGCUUGAGAGGAGGGGCCUGGUCUCUCUCCACAGCAGGGUUAUCUUUUGAACUCCGUUAUAGCUUUUAACACCUGGAACUACAGCAGCCUCUGGACUUUGGUGGGCUCUUUCAUCCCCCAAGGGCAGUCGACCCGCGUUGCUGUAGUAAAAACAAACCCUCGGCAUUUAGCACCGGGGGAACCCGGGUCCCCGGCCCCAGAGGGUUCACCUCAGACUUUUAGACUUGAAUGUACAAAACACGAAGUGGCUGCCAGAGACUGAAACGUCUUCCCCAGCUGGCAUGAGGAACCUGUCAAAACCAUACCUUGCUGCUGUCCCGUCACCCCGUGGCCCAGGCGCCCGUGUCCGGUUUUCCUUCUCACUGCCCCCUCCCCCCGCCCACCCUCUUUUAAAAUGGGAAAAAGAAACCAAAACGUGAUCUCAAAGCAAGUGGCUGUUGCCUCCUGGCUCCAAUUGAACUCCUGGUCCUCCCACCGUGAGCUGUAGGGGUGGCUUUAGACUUUCAGCCAGUACCUAUCCACCACCUGGGCCAACUCAGCAACCGACAGCUUCUGGGGCUAUUGUAGUUCAGAUAGUUCUGGCAAAAAAAAACCCUGAAAUUGGAGUAUCUGUUAUGGAAGAAAAUGUUUCUCUUGGUAGUUAACAUUAGGACUGUGUAUUCACUGUUUAUUAGUGUACUCGCUAACCAUUUAUAGCGUGUAAUUUUGUUUUCCCCCCUUCCCGAAAAGGCCAUAAAAGGGUGUUUUGGGAAAGGAUUUUGCAGGGACAUCUUCUCCCU